UUCCCGCGCUGAAAGGACGCGAGUUAAAAGGAUGCGAGCUGCGGCAUUGCCCGCGCGAUGCCAGCGAUCGUCUGGUGGCUGCGUGGGACGAUCUUUGGACGCCGGCACCAGACUUCCGAGACCGGAUGACUCCGAACGAGACCGUCACCUUAAACAGCGCAAACGCCAACGACGCAGGACUGUACGAGCUCGCGUGCGGCACCGACACCGACAAAGACAUCCAGCCUUUGGUCCACGUGCACGUUUUUCUAAGCACCAAUCGCACGGUGACCGAGGGGGACUCGGUCUCCUUCGAGUCCUACGCAAACACGAGGGGACGCGGGGUCUUCACGGUGGCUCGAAACGAAAAGCCGGUGUUCGAACUAGACUACGGGUCCGGGAAACAGACCCACGGUCCCGGGUUCGAGGACAGGGUAUCCAUCUCCCCCCAGUGGAAGGAUGACUGGAACUUGACGAUGACGCUGAAAGGGGCGACGACUGCAGAUGAAGGCGUUUACUUUUUCUACGUCCGAGACAAAUUGAUAGACACGGUGCCGCUCCAUGCUGCGAGGCUGAAAGUCAACACGCGCGUCCCGGAUCAGACCACCAGCGGCCCGGAUCAGACCACCAGCGGCCCGGAUCAGACCACCAGCGGCCCGGAUCAGACCACCAGCGGCCCGGCCACUCAGAGCGAGAACAACAUCUGGACUGCCGUCCCCAUCACGAGCGCACUUCUGGUGGGGCUGGCGGGGCUGCUGGCGGGGCUGGUGGUGGGGCUGGUGGUGGGUCGCAAGGCCCCCUCUCUGCUCGGACACUUGAAGACGUGCCGCUCCAGGUCCCGCUGCCGCCCAGAUGCGGUCUCACAUCCAGAUGCGGCAGCACAGCUACUGAACGGGAACUCUCGGAUCCCUGAAGCCUCUUUGGAAAGUUCCCACGCAGAGUCCAAAGUCUGAACACGCAACAAAUGUUCUCCUGCUGGAUGUCUGUUACUUCCAAGUAAAUGAUACAUUGUGUCAUUACACCAGUGUUGGGAGGAUUAAAUUAUUUUUUAUUUAUUUAAUAAAAUAAAGAAAUAAAUCUACUCCCUGUUCACAUUCUUUUAGCCUGCAUAGGCUUCAGGAACCUUAUUGCCCAAACAGCCCAGAAUAAAGUGACACGGCCGAUAUUAUUAGGAAUAAAGUCCAUCAAUGUUAACCUUUAUGUUACAAUGGUAGGAGAUUGAGGCAGAAUUGUAUUAUUUUGUACAGUUGUAAAGACCAGAGGUCUCACCUGAAGCCCCAGAUGAGGGGCUUCCUCUUCAACCCCGAGUUAAUGGAGGGACCCUCGCGGGUUAACACUGAUGGUUAUGGCUGCUUUUAUAUCUCAUUGUUUUAUAUAUCUGUAUAGAAUAAAGUGACAAGGCCGAUAUUUCUAGGAAUAAAAUCCGUCAGUGUUAACCUUUCUUACGUUGGGAUAAGAUGAGUGACAUUUCCUUAUUGAUUAAGAGAUAAAAAGUAUUAUGUGGCAUAAAAUCACUUUUUCUUCAGGAAACAGAGCAACUGUACAGAAAAGAUGUCAGACUGAUCACAUUCAUUAGCUUUAAAUAAUACAUUAAUUCUCUUUAAAUAACAAUACUAUUAAAGAAAAUAAUCAUACUGGG